CGUCACUGCUUAUUCUCUUUGCUUCACGGUCGGGACAAAGGCUGCGGUUCAGUGUUGGGCUGAAGUGCCUCUUAAAGGCAGACGUGGGAACACGCCCUUGCUGCCUCCCCUACCUGCAUGAAAGGGAGCGCGUUCAACUUCGCUAGAAUGCCCUCAAACUGCGGCCGGACCGACUCGCUGCCCCGACAUUGGCAAAGUUAGUCGUGUUAUUUUCUUCUACUCUUCUCAUUCGAGUUUUCUUCGUUGUCCGUUUGGCGAAACAGACGAUUUUUUUAUAGCGCCCCCAUCUCCUGCAAGAAAGUCACUUUGAAAAGAAAAAGAGACGAAAAGUCAACUAUGUUUCGUUCGGUUGACUGGAGCCGCAUUACCGCGGCUGGUGCACCGCUGCUCAGCUGUAAACUGUGACCCGCGGCGGAGGAGACGCGGACGGAUACAUGGCAGCACUGACAGCCCUCUGAAAGCAGCCAGUGCGCACGAAGACGCGUGGAGCCACUGUGCUCGGUUUCACGCAGUCGCGAGAAAGGUUACUGAGGUAAAUGUUUCCUCUGCGGGCCCCCCGACGGUCGCUUUUAAAUCCAACCGCCGACAGCUCGACCGCCUCGUGAGCGAGUCGGUCCAUCGCCUCCAGCUCGACAUCAGCACCACCCGCAAAACCAUCCGAGCAGCCCAACGCUACCCCGGCCCCGCCUCCAUCCUGCCAUGGACACAGAGUCCACGUACUCGGGUUACUCCUACUACUCUGGACGUUCCCGGGGAUCCCACAGGCACGGGGAGCGAAGCCGGGACCGACACAAGUCCCGCGGUAAAGACAGCCGCUCAGAAAAGUCCGUCACCAUCACCGCGCCGCCUGCAGAGCCGCUGCUGGGCGACCCGGCGGCCCGGGGCGAGCAGGUCCAGGAUGACAACUGGGGCGAGACUACCACGGCCGUCACAGGCACGUCGGAGCACAGCCUCUCCCAGGAGGACGUCGUCCGCAUCACCAAGGACCUGGAGGAGAGUGUGGGGCUCGACUGCCGCCGCUACCUUGGCCUGACUCUGGCCGUCGUCCUGGGCCUGCUGGUGUUCCUGACGCCGCUCGCCUUCCUGGCGCUGCCCCACCUCCUCUGGCCGGAGAAGCUGCAGAGCUGCGGCACGGCGUGCGAGGGCCUCUUCAUCUCCGUGGCCUUCAAGCUGCUCAUACUGCUGCUGGCCGUCUGGGCGCUCUUCUUCCGCCCGCCGCGGGCCGGCCUCCCGCGGGUCUUUGUGUUCCGGGCGCUGCUCGCCGUGCUGGUGCUGCUGUUCGUGGCCUCGUACUGGCUGUUCUACGGGGUCAGAAUUCUCGACUCGCAGGACGAGAACUAUCAGGGCAUUGUGCAGUACGCCGUGUCGCUGGUAGACGCGCUGCUCUUCAUCCACUACCUGGCCAUUGUGCUGCUGGAGCUCCGGCAGCUGCAGCCGUGCUUCUCCGUGUGCGUGGCGCGCUCCACCGACGGCGAGGCGAGGCACUACAACCUGGGGCAGCUAAGCAUCCAGCGGGCGGCUCUGGCCAUCUUGGAGCGCUACUACUGCGACUUCCCGGUGCACAACCCGGCGCUGCUCUCCGCCUCCAAGUCCCGCGCAGCCAAGCACCUUGCCGGCCUCAAGGUCUACAACGUGGAUGGUGAGUUCCCAGAAGCCCCCGCUGAGGGCCCGGGGAACAACACGGCGGCGGGGAUGGUCCAGUCCCAGUCCAGGGCCAUGAUCGCGGCCGCCGCCCGCCGCAGAGACACCAGCCACAACGAGCUGUACUACGAGGAGGCGGAGCACGAGAGGCGUGUUCGCAAGCGCAAAUCGCGACUGGUGGUGGCGGUGGAGGAGGCGUUCACGCACAUCAAGCGCAUGCAGGAGGAGGAGCAGAAGAAGGCCCCGGGGGACGUGAUGGACCCCCGGGAGGCAGCACAGGCCAUCUUUCCGUCCAUGGCACGCGCCCUGCAGAAGUACCUGAGGACCACCAAGCAGCAGCACUGCCACAGCAUGGAGAGCAUCCAGCAGCACCUGGCCUUCUGUAUCACCAACAACAUGACACCCAAGGCGUUCCUGGAGUGCUACCUGACCCCGGGUCCCACCCUGCAGUACAGCCGGGACCACUGGCUGGCCCGCAAAUGGACGCUGAUCAGCGAGGCUUCAGUCACCAGCGGCCUGAAGGACGGCUCCACCUUCGUGCUCCGCUGCCUGGACUUCGGCCUGGUAGUGACCACCAAGAGGAUCCCGUACAUCCAGAUGUCCGAGGAGUACAUCGACCCCAAGUCGCACAAGUUCGUGCUGCGGCUACAGUCCGAAACCUCCGUGUAGGACACCGAACUGCUGUUUUUUUUAAAUUACUCACGCUCAAAUGUUUUCAGUUUGGGUUUGCAGUCUUUAUUUUUUAUGUUUUGGGGGGGGCUUUGUUUUUAUAUAUUAUAUAUGAAUUUAUAUAUCACACUCACUUUUAAUGUUUUUGAUUAUGAUGAAAUCAAAAAAAGGAGAAUGUUGCACAAUCACCCGUUAUCUUUUUCUGUUCGAGCCGAACGAGAAAGGAGCGUUUGAGGUUUCUGACGUCCACACAGAGACUCCUUUAUUUCCACUGGACGGACGGACAAACCACUAAGGAAUGGUGACUUGGACUUAGGUUGUCUUUAAGCCUAACAGUAACACAUGACGAUAUCCUCACCUGCAGCAUUUGAAAGCGAUCCAAUGCUCAUCCAGAUGAGAUGUGUUGAACAGAGAUGCAUCAAUCUUUCCUCCAUGCUAUCUCCUCAUCACUGCUCUUACAGAUGUGGCUCUCUCGGUGAACGACAGGUGCAACACAGCAAAAUCCGAGAUGCAUAUCCGCUGCGGUUGGGAACAACACAGACACGCCACGUUGAACUCUGUCUCUCAAGAGACAUUGUGCCCGUAAAACAUUCGUCCCCUCCUUGCCGGCUCAGUGACCUUCUUGGGGCUUCACAGCAGCAAGGAGGAGAGAAGGAUAAACAAUACUACUGAUCACGCCAAAUGAGGAGUCGUCCUAUGUGGGUUACAUAGCUGCAAAAUAGAGUAAGAGUGAGAGAGUUUCUGUAGUUGUGAUCCAUUUUCUAAGUCUGAUCCAAGUUGUUUUUUCACCCCCCACUGUUUGUGUCUUCAGAACUGGUAAAAAACAAUAAUCUUUCUGUUAAAUUUCUGAUUAAAAAAAGAUAAGCAAAGAAGAAGAAUCUGACUUGGUUGGAGACAAGCGUGUUUCCUCAGAAGUCAGUUUAUUUAAGGUUCAUGUUUUGUGCGAAAAUACGGUGGCAAAGCACUACACCCCCUUGUGGCCAAAUUGAGUAUUACAACAAAGAAAAUGGAUCACAAUAAUGUUUUCUUUCUUUCUGGCCUUUUUGCCUCAGGCUACCGUGUAUAGGGACAGGAACAACAAGUCCUCGUUUGGGAAUUGAGCCAUGUACGUUACAGUUAACACUAGACAACCCAGGCUGAAAGAUAUUGGAGGGGAGAAUCCUCGGCUGGGAGGGGCUUUUAUGCUGUAGAAAUGGACGCUGCACUGACUUUCUCGACUCGAUAAAAGGCGCCGCUAGUACACGGCAUUAAACAAACGAUUGAACCUUU